UGUGUAUAUAUGAAUAUAUGAGAGUAUAUAUAACAGAUAUAUGUAUAUAUUACCACAAAAACGGAGGCGGUGUUUGACCUCGAAAAAUAAUUAUGAAAAUACAAUUUUUUUAUCCAAUCAUAUAGUGAUUGAGACGGUGAGAGGUGGGGGAAAAUAUAUAAAUCGGAAUUUUUUUCCGAUCUGCUAUCAUUAUUUCAAGUGUCUAUAAACCUGAAGCAUCGAAGAAAUGGAGUAUACCGGAACAAUGACGGAGGUGCAACGUGUUUCAUCAUCGUCAUCUCAACUCGUGAUGGGAGUUGUUUACGGAAUGAAUAAUUCAUUCGGAAAAAUAAUUGCAUCGGGUUUUGAGCUUUCUCCUAAAACCGGAAUUCUUACGCCAACCAUCAAAUUAUUGACAAAUUCUUUCAUCGGAGUAACUCUCAAUAUCGAGGGAUGGCAAAGUUUUAAAUCGGACUACGAUCGAAUUUCGCAUUAUUUUGGAGGGCCACGCUGGGACGCUGAAAGAAUGCUUGGAACAAAAAUCGUUCAUGGAUCGCAUUGCACUGUUUUUACCUCCUGCUUUCAACAAUCAGCAGUCUGCUUCAGCAACACUAGUAUGCCAGCAAUUGGAGAGGUUCCCACCGGAGUUCGACAGUGCAAUAUUAUCCUACAGGGAUCGACCUUCAAGAAGUUGAAAGAAGUCAGCAAGUGCAUCGACGCUCAUGUACAAAAACUUGAGCGUGAGAGUGCAGCAGUAAAUAUGUGUGUGACCAUCAUAAUCUCCACCACCCAUGAUCUCCACAUUGCAAGCGGCGGGCAGCAGGAUGUAAUGCGAAUCCUAGAGACAGAAGACUACUUGGGAAAAAUAAUGAAAGAAACUCGGGAAAAAAUGGAUGAACAAUACCCUGAUUUCGUUCGAAAUUCGAUGGAAGCAGUGAUUUCUGAAAUCACAACACUGUUCCGAUUUGAAAUUUGUCAACUCGUAACAGUCUACGACGGAAAAUCUCUUUAAAUUUCUUGGAAAUAAUUUUUAGUUGUAAGAUUUCAUCAAUAAGCGGCUGAAAAUAAAAAUACUAGCAUAACUUUACAUAUAAAUUUUUUCAUCGUUACGCGUAUAAACGGGUAAAUCUCUUCAAGUAAAAACUCAAGUAAAAAAAAGAUAGCAGCACGAACCCGAAUCCUGGUGUCAGCGUGGGACUGAAGCUAAGACAUGAAAUCGAAGAUUCAGCAGAAAAAAGGAGUGGGGAAAAACCAUCCAUCCCGAUGAGACUGACGAUCUAGAGCUCAUUAACAAUUCUGCUUCCAAAGUGCACGAGUAGAGUGAAAAAAACUUCAAAAAAUGACUCUGUACUACGAGGAUUAUGUGUCACCAUCGGACCCUUUACCUCAUGUGGAAUUGAGGGUUUAUGUGACGGAUGGUGUAAGGCGGGUGGAAUUGGUGUAUGACGACACCAUCCACGAUCAUUACCAGCAUCAUCAGCGAGAUUGGACGAGGGUGCAGCAAUAUCGUCGGGGGGCAACGGAGAUCGAGCGUCGGGAGAACGCCGCACGUUCUCGAGCCCUGAAGAAAAGAAGGGAAGCAAAAAAGCUCCUCAAGCGAAAAGCUGAACCGUCCUCGUGGAUCGACGUGACGUUUCCAAAAAGAAAUAGAAGUGAUAUGGACCUCGUGGAACGGGAGGAAAAAAAGAAAUUGAAAUGGAGGCUUAUACCCUUCGAUUUCGAAUCUCCACGCCCUCCAAAUAUACGACGAUUAGAGAAUGAGUUGAAGAGAGUGGCUAUUCUGGAAAGCGAUGAAGAAGCAGAAGAAGAAGACCCGAGAAAGAAGAAGAAGCGGAACGAAUAAAAAUAAUUUCCAAUCGAAUUAAAAUCAAUAAAAUUCCUGUAAUAUUUAAAUUCAGCUGCA